CUGGGCUGCGGAGGCGAUUCUGUCAUAUGAUGAAUCCAUAUACCAUUAAGAAACAGCCUCUGCAUCAGUUUGUCUGGAGACCACUUUUCCCACUCCCUGCAACCUCAUGUAACACAGGAUUUGCCUGGUCACCAAGUCACCAACUAAUAUCUUUACAGGACAGUGACUUAAGCAAAACGUAUGGGAGUUUAGUUUCAAUUUCUACUUUACCAAGGAAAUGACUCAAUAUCAGUUAGCUGGAACUGCAUGGCGAGGUGCAAAAACAAUCUCAGCUGUCAAAUUAGAAUCUUCUCUUUUAACAUGAGAUACAUGUUUAUUCAAACACAAGAUACCCCAAAUCCCAACAGUUUAAAGUUUAUUCCAGGAAAACCAGUUCUUGAGACAAGGACCAUGGAUUUUCCUACAUCAGCUACAGCAUUUCGCUCCCCUCUGGCUAGGCAGUUAUUUAGGAUUGAAGGAGUAAAAAGUGUCUUCUUUGGACCCGAUUUCAUCACUGUCACAAAGGAAAAUGAAGAGUUAGACUGGAAUUUACUGAAACCAGAUAUCUAUGCUACAAUUAUGGAUUUCUUUGCAUCUGGCUUACCUUUAGUUACUGAGGAAACACCUUCAGGAGAAGCAGGAUCUGAAGAUGAUGAUGAAGUUGUGGCAAUGAUUAAGGAAUUGUUAGAUACUAGAAUACGGCCAACUGUGCAGGAAGAUGGAGGAGAUGUAAUCUAUAAAGGCUUUGAAGAUGGCAUUGUGCAGCUGAAACUCCAAGGUUCUUGUACCAGCUGCCCCAGUUCAAUCAUUACUCUGAAAAAUGGAAUUCAGAACAUGCUGCAGUUUUAUAUUCCAGAAGUAGAAGGUGUAGAACAGGUUAUGGAUGAUGAAUCAGAUGAAAAAGAAGCAAACUCACCUUAAAUUAAUUUGAGUUUUCUUUGGGCCCAGCAGUUGGACUUGUUGAUAUAUAUACUAAGCUUUUAUUAUUAAUCUGCUUAGGAACUUGAGGAUUAAUAAAAUAUACCCUUUCUUCAGAGAA